AUGUUUGAUGACGCUCCUCCCACAAAAAUGUGGCACAACUGUCUAUACAACAAUCGUGGUCUACCUGAUAAUUAUGUAGAUUCAGAUUUCUUGUCUGAAUUUAAAGAAAACCUGUUUCUACCCAAACUUCGAGUACGUGAUGUCAUAAUCGCUGCCGGCAGCAUUUAUCAACAACUCUGUUGUUUGUCUUUGUUUGUAAUUAUCUACUUUUACCUACUGUUCGGCUGGAUUUCUCCCCAGUAUCUCAAUAUUUACCUUUUCUUGUUUAUAACUAUUGGAUAUGCCAUGUUUUGGUCAAUGAAAGAGGAAAAUGAAAGACAAUUUCAUAAAGUCAUACCUGAAAUCAAGUCGGGCAUGGUAUUUUUUACAUUUUGCUUUCUGCUUGCUCCUGUUCUGCAUUCUCUCCUAUCGAGCGUAAGCACGGACUCUAUAUACGCCAUGUGUACUUUUUUUCUUCUUGUGUAUUGGACAUGUUUUGAUUAUAAGACUCAUUGGAAAGGUCAUCCUCGAAAGCCUGGGUCGAAUACUAUUUCUCUGAGUUCUGCUUUGUUAGCUGCUCUCUGCUUGGCUAGUCGUUUACCUGACCCUUAUCAUACUUUCGCAUUGCUUUCCACUGCCGUCACUUUACUAGCAUUAUGGCCAGCAUUAACAAGAAGGUUUCGCAAUAAUGGAGGUGAUCGAGCACAAAUAUGCUUAACCAUAUUAUCUGGUUCUACAAUUCUUGUGAGUGCUUGGCCGAUAGUUUACAAUGAAGUAUCAUUCGAAUAUAGAUGCAUCUUUCUUUGUGCACUCAUAACAUCUACUCUGUGUAUUAAUUUUGUUGGACCGUGUUACUUAUUAAGAAUGCAAAAAAUUAAAAGGACUAUCCAUGGACCGUGGGAUGAAGCUGUUAUAGAAUAA